AAUUUGAAGUCCCUUUAAUUGAAGUUCGGAUUUUGGAAUCAAACUAUACACUGUACAGUGCUGGAUUUUGGAAUCGCCUCUAGAGAAGGCAAUGAUGUCUUUGUAGAUGAAAUGAUCUUCUGUUUCUCUCAACCCUGAGUUUUCGUUUCCAGUCUACCACCAAUUGUGCUGAGGAAAACUGUAACAAAACUCUUCUUUAUACUAAUAUUUGUUAUCUUUCUGGAUUCUGGAACCCUCUCCAAUUUUCUUCCUGGUUUUCUGUCGCUUUCUCGGGAAAAUUACUUCUCGUUGUUUCUGAUUCGAUUCUGGCGUGAAUAAGAGGUCCCUAAUGUUUAAUGGCACUGGCAUUUAUAUAUAGCCUUCAAAAUCUGUGGCCUUUAUCAAUUUUGAAGUCUGAUGAUUUGAAAGCUUCCAAUGAAUUAGUUAGCAAACUAUCAAUACCUGAGAACACUAAGAGAUUCGUUUAUGCAGUUCGUGAUCAUGAAUCUCAAUCUGUGAUUUAUAUACUUUCCGUUCAGAGUUUAUCUGAACGGUCGGCGAUAGAUGCUGAGUGCCUUAUUAGGGCGAUUAAACCAGAAGCUGUUGUGGUUCAGGUGUCUCCUUCUGCAGUAAGUGAAAUUCAAAAAGAAGGGGAAUAUGGAAAUAAUGCAGAUGAACCAGUUCCUACUUCUUCAUUUCGAGUGCUGAAAAGAUGUUUUGUUCAUAAGAUCAAUAAGGAUAAGUAUGAAAAUGUGGCUGGAAACUUGGUGUUAAAGGAAAUAUUUGGGGUUAGUUUUUAUGGGCAUAUCAUGGCAGCUAUGAGGGCUGCUGGGGAGGUUGGUUCAUCAUUUUUGUUGCUAGAAACACCACUUGUUCAAGCAUCUGCUGUGGACAAUCCAUCUAGUGAGGCCGAUGUGGGGAGCAAGGUUCAUAGUUUUGUUAGUAGUCUGGUUCCACAAAAAGUGGGUUCAAUCUUUUCAUCAAGUUCUAGGAGGUUUGGCCUUAAGGAUGAUAUCCAGUCACGGAUGGUGAAAAUAUUGUCUUCACAUUUGGAUGCAUCUUUGCAGAAAUUAGGUCCUUCAACUAUUGUUUCAGAAGCAGAAUCAGAUGAAAUUCAUUUGGGAAGCAGUUAUCAGUUGCCACCAUUUGCGCAAUCUGUUUUUCCAUUACUUUUGGAUCUACAUAAUAUAUUCAUUGAUCUUCCAUCAAUUGGGAGGGCUUUGGCUGCCUCACAGAAGAUGCUUUAUGAUGUAAGUAGAGGGGAAACUGUUGAUUCCCAAAUUAUAUCUGAUGUUUACACCUUUCGAAUUGCGGUUGAGGGGCUUAGAAUUGCUCUAAAUAAUGCUGGUCGAUUGCCUAUCAAAAGCUUGGGGAAGUCUAACAAAACUAAGGUUGAAUUUUCAGAGCUUACACUUGAAGACAAGUCAAGUGCACUGCUCGCACAGUCCCUUCAAAGUCAGACUAGCAAGUUUAAGACUAUUGUAGCUUUAGUAGAUGCUAGUGGCUUAGCAGGACUAAGGAAAAACUGGGACACUUCUAUGCCUCCAGAGGUCAAAGAAUUGGUUGGUGAUCUUAUUACUAAUUGUGAAAUGGAUGGGGAAUUUUCAAAUCAAAGAGGCAAGAAAUGGUUGUUUUCUGAUAAAUCUGUGGUGGCAGUUGGAGCGGGAGCAACAGCAGUUUUAGGAGCUUCAUCUCUAAGUAAAGUGGUUCCCACAUCGACAUUCUUGAAGGUUUUAACAUUUAAAUUGCCUGCUUCAUUUAAUUUUGCACUAACCCAAACCCAGAAGGCAAUGGCAAUAGCUCUAAGCAAGACUCUCGGUCCAUCAAAAGUGGUUGCCCCAGGAUUGGCAAAAACUGGAGCCAAUGCUACACCUAUCUUAAAAGCGGCUGCUUCUGCUGAGAAAAUCCGAACAGUAGCCCACAGUGUUAUAGCCUCUGUUGAGAAGACCAGUUUUUCAGCCAUGAGAACAGCAUUCUAUGAGAUAAUGAGAAAACGACGGGUGCAACCCAUUGGGUUCUUACCUUUUAUGACAUUCGGUUGCAGCAUUUCAACUUGCUUGGGGUUGCUUAUGUAUGGAGAUGGGAUUGAAUGUGCUGCUGAAUCUCUUCCAGCAGCCCCUUCAAUUGCCAGUUUGGGUCGUGGGAUCCAAAAUUUGCGGCAGGCAUCUCAAGAACUGGGGCAGACAGAUGGUACCAGAGUACAGAAAGCAAUAGAGUCAUUGAUGUAUAAGUUGAGGAAAGUAAAGAUUCAAUAGAGUACAGUAUUGACUGCGCUUCUUUUCUUUGUAAGCUAGUUGAUACUAUUUACAAAGUUAUUGCCCUGAAUUUAGAGAAUUCUUCUGUAUAUAAAGAGUAUGCAUCGACAGGGUGGUUGUCUAUUUUAUUAUGCAUGAUUAUAUUUUUACUCUUUCUUUGAAAUGGAAUUUUAAUUUAUACA